AUGUAUUACAAUUUUUCCUACCUUUUAACGUGUCUUGAAAAUGAUCUGAUCCAGACCGUCUGGCAAAGGGUCGUCACCGGAGCCCCCAGCAUAAGCUCAUCCACAUUCCACUACCUUUGGCUCCCCUUUCUGCACUCCUUCCUGCCAUUCUACCAACAGAACCCUGCUCACCCAUCCGUCGCAGACUUCAGCCAGACGCUUCCGGCGAUCCUCUACUCCUACAUUAGCAACUACGUCGGCCUGAAGCCCAGCUCGGCCACCAGCAAUCUCGUCCGCCCCACGGUACAAUCCUGUUGCGGCGACUGCUACGAUAUCAACAGGUUCCUCCGCGACCCCGUCAGUCGAGUAUGGGUACAGCCCAUGAACAAAAAGCGUCGCGCGCAUAUCCAUCAGAAGCUCGACCAGGCGCGCGUGGACUGCACUCACGAAACGGACCAUUCUCGCUGGAUCAAAGCCAACUUGGUGGUGACCAAGACCUUUGCCCAGGUGGGGGAUUCCCAGCUCGCGUGGCAGCAGAGGAAACUCGAGGCCAGUAAGCAGAUCCAGAGCUUUGAUCAGGUGCGUCUCGCAAUCCUGCUUCCAGAUGACUACGAGAAUAUCGUGCGCAUGCGCGCGCUGGAUGUCCCGUCUGAGCAGCCUGUGGCAUCGAGAUCUGAGUCUACCCCUGCAUCGAUGACCCAGUAA